AUGUCAAAACUAGCGAUGAUUCCACAAUAUUUACCUGAAGAAAUCUUUCUCCAAAUCUUCCGUAAUCUACCCGUCAAAUCCCUGGGCAAGUGCAUGUGUGUAAGCAAAGCCUGGAACUGUCUCAUCAAGAACCCGUCUUUUAUUUCCACCCACCUCAACAACCAGUUAGAAAAAUCUUCCAGAAACAAUAGCGACAACUUGUUCCUUGUUAUGAGUAGCGACCCUGGAAAUGAACUCAAAAUGCGAUACUUUUUGCAGUUUGAUGACCAAGAAUUCAGUAAGUACACUCAACUGCAACACGACCCAUUUACUGACAAACAUUAUGUAGUUGGUUGUUGCAAUGGAUUGCUUUGUUUUGUAGACUUUAAACUUGGUUUCAUUGGCAACUUCAUGAUAUGCAACCCCAUUAUUAGAAAGUGUGUUAGACUCCCACAGCCUCAACCAUGUUUUAAUGGCUUGCCACAUAAUUUUACUUUUGGGUUUGGAUUUGAUUCGAGAAGCAACGACUAUAAACUUUUGAAGAUCACCAAGAAAGAUAGGUUAGCCGAUGUUCAACUUUACUCACUUAAAAAGAAGUCCUGGGAAAUAUUAGAUCCACCAAAAUAUGAUUUUUAUUCUAAUGAUUUCAUGGUUUUUGUCAAUGGAGUUGUUCAUUUUCUUGUUGUCCAGAGAGUGAAUGAUCAUGGGCGUAGUCGGUGUAAGCUUUUGGUUUUGGGGUUUGAUAUGGCUGAUGAAGUUUUCAAAGAGAUAAUGUUGCCUGAGAGUUUGAGUAAUGCAGUUAAGCGGCCACCGUCACGGUUGUAUGUGCUGUCACAUGGUGAAUCGUUAUCAAUUGCAGUAACUGAGUUUUGUGAACGUGGGAAUUGUAGUAUAUGGAUAAUGAAAAAGUACAGUGUGGUAGAGACAUGGACUAAGAUGCUCAGUUUUGAAAAAAUUGAAAACAGAUGUUUCCCACGGAUUCUUGGGUUUCGGAAAAAUGGGGGCUUGUUAUUGAAGACUUCUGAGGUUUCACAACAGCUGGAGAUCAGCGAUGAAAUUGAAAAUCUGGAAAUUCAUGGAAGAUUUAGUUAUAUUUUUAGUUAUGUGGAGAGCCUAGUAUUACUUGACCAGGUAAUUGAUGCUAGGAGUGAGAAUAGUGCAAAGAAUGUGAGUAAAGCUAGUGAUUCAAUUAAGGGAGCAACUAACGAUUGUACUAGAAGUGCGGCUGGUGAUGAAGCAACUGAUCAUUCAAGUGGUCACUGAAGAUUGUACAAGGAACAUAGCCCAAAACAGGAGAAUGUCCAAGGUAGCAUGAGUUUGGCCACAUAUUACAGAAGUGGGCUGCAGCCAUGACCGUGUGAAAGGGAAGGAUACUUUUUAAUGACAUGCUGUUGCUCUACCCUUUUAUUCUCUCUUUUGACAUCAUGUAUAAAGAAAAGUUGUAGAGAUAGAGAAUGAACUACUCCAUUAAACUGCUUGGAUAAUGUCUUAUUGUCUUUAAUACAUGCAUUAACAGUUCCUUCUCUCAGAGAAAUUGCUUUGAUUCUUGAUAUACGUAGCCUUUGAGCUUAGUUGGACGGAUUGCAUGGGAAGCUUAUAUUAAUCUGAAUAAAGGACAG